ACGGCGGUAAAACGGUUCCCCUCAUGAUGGGCGACGACCUGACCUGGACCAACGCGGUCGAGCACUAUCGGGACGCGGACACCCUGCUGAGCCGCGCGAACCGUGUGGGGCGCUGGCCGAUGAACCUUAUGCGGUGGUUGUUCCGGGGAAACGAGCUCAAGCCCGUCAACGUCAUGUACUCGACGCCCGCCUGCUUCCUGGAGGCCCUCCACUCCGACAAGUCGCGCUCGUGGCCACGUUUCGAAGACGACCUCCUGCCGUACACGGACCGACCAAAACACACGUGGACUGGCUUCUACACGACUAGACCUGGCCUCAAGAUGAUGACGCGUUACGCCAACGGAUUCCUCCAGAUCAUGUGGUGA